GCUCAACAAUUUAUUUUCUUAUUUUAUUUAUAUUUCCUACGAGGUAACGUUGUGACUGCCGUUAUUUCAUGUGAGUAUACUAAGUUUGCUGUAUCAGGCGGAGAUGUUGUGGCUGCUGUGGUUUCAUGUGAGUAUACUAGGUUGGCUGUGUCAGGCGGUGAUGUUGUGGCCGCUGUGAUUUCAUGUGAGUAUACUGAACUAAUGGUAUCAAGCGAAUCAGUUGAUGACGAUGCUGUGAUUUCAAAUAGUUCAUUAGAGAAAUUUGUUUUUGAAAGAACAUUAGUGAAAGGAAACAUGGUUUGUGGUCUUAAGCAAGUUGAUAGUUAUUGA